AUGUAAGUGUACCAUUAAGGCAGGUAAAGGUGUAGCCAGACAUACACUCACCUUCUUGUUUUUGUCUGUAACUACGGAUUCUAGCCUAAAGGACAGUUUUAUCAGUAAAAGAGAUCACAUCUUACAUCAGAAUAGCAAACACACAACUCCAUAGAUGGGAAUUUGAGAAGAAACUUGAUCAUAAGUUUUUUCAUAUGAACAAUGGGAUGCCCUAGGCCCCAGAGAAGCGCUCUCUCUCUCUCUCUCUGGCAAGGAAUAUCCACAGAGCUUUAGAGCUAGAAGAGGCCUUGGAGGCCAUCUGAUCCAAAUGCCUCACCUUACAGAAGAAACUGAAGUUCACAGCGUGACUUGGCUCAGAGACACAAAAUUACUCAGAGGCAGAGCCAGGGCCCCCUGCAUUCUUGGGCUAUAGCUUUUGGUUUCCCCUUAAAUUAGUGCUAGGAAGAGAUGAAGGCAGAAGCCCCAUAAGAAGCCCUGGCACUAGAGGUGUUAAUUUGGAUACAAAAUCCAUUAAAAAAGAAAACAGAAAGGUUCAAAGUUCUUGUUAAUGAGUAUAAGUAGUAAGAAGGCAAGGCAAAGGAGGAAGGUAAAAACCAAUAGAGUUAAACCAGGCUACUACAAUGGAGGGGGGUGAUAAAAGAAAGACAAAGGAAACAAAUAAUAACUGUACUUAAAGGUCCUCUGGGUGGCAAAGCUCACUCUGCUUAAAAGUUGAGUGGUUCCCUAGGAAGAAUGUAUAUAUGCUCUAUGUCAAAGACAUUUAGGUCUGAACCACUAAUUUGACAACUGACUUCUUCUCAGCAUCUUCCAACGAAGCAUUCUACACUCUCCAGACCUCCCUAGCUAGCAGGGUCCCAUUCAAAACUCACAAUGACCCAAUAUCUUUAAAACAACUGAGAACUUCCCUGAAAACUGCAGAGGAAGUAACUAAUGAAGGCUGUGAGCUCCUGGUGAUACUUACCCUGCUUUACUUCCCUUCACACAGUGCACUGCUACAUGACACUAAAUUACACAUUAGCUGCUUAUUUGUUUAUUGUCUUUCUCCUGGACUAUAAACUCCCUGAGGGUCAAUUUUGCAACCAACUUUAUUCCUAGUGCCUGGCAAAGUACCUCGCUAUAGUUAGUAAGCAUGUCCCUGGGACAAGAAGGGUGCUGAAUAAAUGUACCAACAAAUAAAUUACAACCUAGAAGCUCCUUACUUGGUAAGAAAACUAUGGGCUAGGAAAGGCCCCUUCUUUGAGAUUCUGUUCAGGGGCCCAAAACAAAUCUCUGCCACUAUCUGAAGUAACCACAUUGAACUGACUACAAGCACAAAAACCAGAAAACAAAUCAGGCUCAGAUGAAAUCAAUGCAGUAAAAUGUACUUCGUACUACACAGUAUGGGGCAUGGAAUGGGUGGGAAACAAAAUAUGGAUGAGCAGAAUGUAGUGGUUUUUGUCUUUAAGGAAGUGGAGGUACCUUUGUUUUUCCUAAUCUCUGUGCCUCAUAUGAAGACCUAGAAGAUGCAGUCAUUGGACCCAAACAGCUUGUCCUUGCCAUAAAGAGAAACCAGCAGAUUGCCUUUUCCCAAGCAUACACUUUGACUCUCAAGUUUCUAUGGGUCAUUCAGUGCAUCUGCCAGGUUUUACAGAAAAGGAGUGAAUUUUCUAUAGUUUCAGUUAGGUAAUUCCAAUGUCAAUCAUUGAAGCCAGCCUAGGGCUUGUAACUCAGCAGCAAACAUUUACUUAAAUAUCUUCCAGGCACUGUGCUAAGCACCAGGCAGGCCAGCAACUAAGUCCUCUACACACUACACAUGUCAUUAACCCAGCUACACCUACUAAAACUGAUUGGCACCAUAUUGGUGACAGUGACUAAGAUCACCAGCAGCUCUUGCACAAUGGCCCUGUCUCUGCUCUUUUUUUAAUGGACUGAUAAAGCAAUAUAGGUAAAACAGGUCAGCGUACAUAAAAAUUAAGCGAAGGUAAACAGUGUGGGCUGUUUAACAAAAAAACCCAACUAACCAGAAUAUAGUUAUAAUCUCCAAGCUUCCUUGCUUACUUACUAAUAACACUAAGUUGGCAUGGACAAAUAGUGUUUAUCUCAACAGUACAACUAAUUAGUAGGAGUAAAGGUUCAUAAAUCCAAGUUCCAUUCUUCUUGUCUCUACCAUCUAUUCCCUGGGUAAGCCUCCUAUAGCCUUGGCUUCCACAUACCUAACAAAAAAAAAAAAACAAAAAAAACACAAAAAACACAAAAAAAGAAACACUGUCAUCCACCACAAGCAUCUUUCAAUACUGGGGAAGGACAGAAUAAUGAGCAGUAACCCUUGAGGGUAGGUACACCAAUCAAGCAGAACUGAAGACUAUAUAAAAAUAAAAGCUACUGAUCAUAUCAUUACAGAAAAAUUAGCUUAAGAAACUGAAAGGGAUGUGAGGAAAAAGUCUCUUAAGCACAGAGAAAAGAUUAACAACUAUAGUACUGGAGCCUGUGAGAGCUCCAGAUCACUGUACCAAGUACAGCCUCAAAGAUGAGUUCAGCCCUUCAAGAUGGGCGGAGCAGACAGAAGCAAAUCUGCCAGAUUUACUGUAUCUCAUGGCCCACCAGGGUUGGAACAAAAGUUUAAAGGUGAACUAAGUUUUCUCCCUCUUUUUAAAAUUCUUUUUUAAGUGAACCAAAACAGAAAACAAAUCUCUGAGCAGAAAUCAUAAAAGGAAUGUGAAACAUUCAUCACAUUUGGGUUGACAAGACUUAAGUGACUGCUGCUGUUACAUCUGAAGAAAAGGAAGGAGCUGCUUAGCCUAGAAGCUUGAGAAGAGCAGGAGAAAGUUCCUUCUUGCUAAAGACAAAGGGCCACGCAGUGAGAUGAUUAAAGAAGCUAAUUGACCAAGAAACUGAGUCCCAGGAGAAGAAGGAGCAAGAAAAGGAAAAGAAGGUCACCGCCCUGAAAGUGGAGCUGACCAAACUGAAGUCUUUUGCUUUGAUGGUGGUGGACGAACAACAAAGGCUGACGGCACAGCUUGCCCUUCAAAGACAGAAAAUCCAAGACCUAACCACAAGUGCGAAGGAAACACAUGCUAAACUAGCCCUCGCUGAAACCAGAGUUCAGGAAGAAGAGCAGAAGGCGACCAGACUAGAGAAAGAACUGCAAACACAAACCACAAGGUUUCACCAGAACCAAGAAACAAUUAUGGCAAAGCUCACCAAUGAGGACAGCCAAAAUCGCCAGCUUCGACAAAAAUUGGCAGCACUCAGCCGGCAAAUUGAUGAAUUAGAGGAGACAAACAGGUCUUUACGAAAAGCAGAAGAGGAGCUACAAGAUAUAAAAGAAAAAAUCAACAAGGGAGAAUAUGGAAACUGUGGUAUCAUGGCUGAGGUAGAGGAGCUCAGAAAACGUGUGCUAGAAAUGGAAGGGAAGGAUGAAGAACUCAUAAAAAUGGAGGAGCAGUGCAGAGAUCUCAAUAAGAGGCUCGAAAAGGAAACAUCACAGAGUAAAGACUUUAAACUUGAGGUUGAAAAACUCAAUAAAAGGAUUAUGGCUUUGGAAAGAUUAGAAGAUGCCUUCAACAAGAGCAAACAAGAAUGUUAUUCCCUGAAAUGCAAUUUAGAAAAAGAAAGGAUGACCACAAAGCAGUUGUCCCAAGAACUGGAGAGUUUAAAAGUAAGGAUCAAAGAGCUAGAAGUCAUUGAAAGUCGGCUGGAAAAGACAGAAUUUACCCUAAAAGAGGACUUAACUAAAUUGAAAACGUUAACUGUGAUGCUGGUAGAUGAAAGAAAAACAAUGAGUGAAAAAUUAAAGCAAACUGAAGAUAAGUUGCAAGCUGCUUCUUCUCAGCUUCAAAUGGAGCAAAAUAAAGUGACGACGGUUACCGAGAAGUUAAUUGAGGAAACAAAAAGGGCACUAAAGUCCAAAACUGACGUGGAAGAAAAAAUGUACAGUGUCACCAAGGAGAGAGAUGAUCUAAAAAACAAACUGAAAGCAGAAGAAGAGAAAGGAAAUGAUCUCCUGUCCAAAGUUAAUAUGUUGAAAAAUAGGCUUCAAUCAUUGGAAGCAAUUGAGAAAGAUUUCCUAAAAAACAAAUUAAAUCAAGAUUCUAGUAAGUCCACCACAGCAUUACACCAAGAAAACAAUAAGAUUAAAGAGCUCUCUCAAGAAGUGGAAAGACUGAGACUGAAGUUAAAGGAUAUGAAAGCCAUUGAGGAUGACCUUAUGAAAACAGAAGAUGAGUACGAGACUCUAGAACGUAGGUAUGCUACUGAACGAGAUAAAGCUCAAUUUUUAUCUGAAGAGCUGGAACGAGUUAAAAUGGAACUUGACAAGUACAAGUUAGCAGAAAAGACAGAGUCCAGCCAUGAACAAUGGCUUUUCAAAAGGCUUCAAGAAGAAGAAGCUAAAUCGGGACACCUCUCAAGAGAAGUAGAUGCAUUGAAAGAGAAAAUUCAUGAAUACAUGGCAACUGAGGACCUGAUAUGUCAUCUCCAGGGAGAUCAUUCAGUUCUGCAAAAGAAACUCCAUCAACAAGAAAACAGGAACAGAGAUUUAGGAAGAGAGAUUGAAAACCUCACUAAAGAGUUAGAGAGGUAUCGGCAUUUCAGUAAGAGCCUCCGGCCUAGCCUCAAUGGAAGAAUCAUCUCUGACCCGCAAGUAUUUUCUAAAGAAGUUCAGACAGAAGUAGUAGACAAUGAGCCACCCGAUUACAAGAGUCUCAUUCCUCUGGAACGAGCAGUCAUCAAUGGUCAGUUAUAUGAGGAGAAUGAGGACCAGGAUGAGGACCCUAAUGAUGAGGAAUCAGUGCUGUCCUUCAAAUGCAAUUCAUCUACCCCCUGUCCUGUUAACAGGAAACUAUGGAUUCCUUGGAUGAAAUCUAAGGAGGGCCAUCCUCAGAAUGGAAAAAUACAAACUAAACCCAAUGGCAACUUCAUGCAACCUGGAGAUCUAGUCCUAAGCCACACACCUGGGCAGCCACUUCAUAUAAAGGUUACUCCAGACCAUGUCCAAAACACAGCCACUCUUGAAAUCACAAGUCCAACCACAGAGAGUCCUCAUUCUUACACAAGCACUGCAGUGAUUCCAAACUGUGGCACCCCAAAGCAAAGGAUAACCAUCCUCCAAAAUGCCUCCAUAACACCGGUGAAAUCCAAAACUUCUGCUGAAGGCCUCAUGAACUUAGAGCAAAGCAUGUCCCCAAUUACCAUGGCAACCUUUGCCAGAGCGCAGACCCCAGAGUCUUGUGGUUCUAUAACUCCAGAAAGGACAAUGUCACCUAUUCAGGUUUUGGCCGUGACUGGUUCAGCAGGCUCUCCUGAGCAGGGACGUUCCCCAGAGCCGAUAGAAAUCAGUGCCAAGCAUGCGAUUUUCAGAGUCUCUCCUGACCGGCAGUCAUCAUGGCAGUUUCAACGUUCAAACAGCAACAGUUCAAGUGUGAUAACUACUGAGGAUAAUAAAAUCCACAUUCACUUAGGAAGUCCUUACAUGCAAGCUGUGGCCAGCCCCGUGAGACCUGCCAGCCCUUCAACACCACCACAGGAUAACCGAACUCAAGGCUUAACUAAUGGGGCACUAAACAAAACAAGCAAUAAAGUCACCAGCAGUAUUACUAUCACACCAACAGCCACAACUCUUCCUCGACAAUCACAAAUUACAAUCAAGGAGGUAUGCAAGCAGAGAAUCCCAACACGGAUCCCCAAACCAAAAUCUACAGGCAACACUAAGCUUUCCCCUAAAGCUCCCCCAGGGCCUAUGGAUAAGUCCAUUCACCACACUGGCUGUGGGAAGCUACACAUCAUAAGGACUGUCACCUCUAACACUUUCCUCCACAUGGGAGGGAAAAGGUAAGUCAUACCAAUGCACUGUCUGGAUACAUCCAUCUACAGAAAUAUCUGGAAAGCUAAAAUUACCAGUAUGAAGGCCAAAGAGGAAAGGCCAUCUCUCUAAGAAAUGGUGAAGCGGCAAAAUGACAAAUAGUGCAUUCACAGGUUGCUGGACCCGGUAAACAGGAUCCUAAAAGAGCAGCGCAUCUACGAUUGUAUUACCAGUAGUGUGUAUUUUUAUAUACACACAAACAGGAGUACAUGGCCCAAAUUCUUCCAAUUCCUCAUUCUAUUUGUAAUCCACUCCAAAGUUGGACCUUUUAUCAUUACCAUGGGGUAUGACUGAAUUCAUUAGAAUGGUUCGAAAGUUUUCUGGUGAACUCAGAAGUAACUCUUUCAUUUCACAGAACUUUACUGGAUAUUUUGCUAAGAGGAUAUGCUAGCAAGAAUUCCUAAUCUGCUUCAACUAAGUCAGAUUAUUUCCAUCAAAAUGGCAGCACAAUUAAAAUCAUACUUUAAGGUCUAGAACUAUGAUUUCUUUACAACCAGGAGGAGAAAAAAAAGUGGUAAUUCUUAGUUACAAAGAAGAAAGCAACAACAAAAAUGAGUAACUAUUGAAUACAUCCUUUGUGUCGGACCUGAUAAUCACUGGUGUAAUAUACACACUUGACUACUGGCAGUUAGUCUUCUGUCCAUUUUUUCUAGUAAGUUGCCCUUUCUAUAUAUGCCCGGCCAUGGAAUCACUUUGCAAGACUUAUAAGGAAAUCCAUUUUAAAUCGGCAUUUCUGCUUUCUAAAGCAAUCAGGACAUUUGAGAGUCAAAGGUCACCAAUACUGAGAUCUUUUAGGGAGAUACAAAUCACUGUCCUGGGUGUUUAAAAAAAGGCAACAAUUUAUCAUCCCAUCAGACAUUCUUCAAUCACAUCACUUCCCCAAAUCAGUGCUAUAGAAAAACACAGUCAACUCAGCAAGACUCAAAUUCCAAUCCUAAUUUUUUACUCAUUUGACAAUGAGCUUGGCAUUCAUCAUUGUAGGCCUUGAGUUUCUUGUAUGUAAAACAAAAAAGCUGAAUAAUUCUUUAGGUACCUUGCAGUUCUGAUAACCCAUGAAUACGUCCAACUAAGAAUGUUGAAUUCCACCAGUCAUCUACAAGGCGAGACUCACUCCCCUGGCAGUAGUAAGCUAAAGUAAUUCUUUCAUCACAUUUAAAACUCUUUACUCAAUUAAGAGAAAGGUGUGUAUAAUUCAGUGUGGACAGAGCAACACAAUAAUGUUACAAGACAAGCAUUUUAAAAAAUAUUUAUUUUUGAGAGAGACAGAGAGGGAGCUAGAAUGAGAGGGGAGGGGCAGAGAGAGAGGGAGACAGAGGAUCCGAAGGAGGCUCUGCACUGACAGCAGAGAGCCUGAUAUGGGGCUCGAACUCAGGAACCACAAGAUCAUGAAUUGAGCUGAAGUUGGAAGCUCAACCGACUGAGCCCCCAGGUGCCCAGACAAAUAAGGCAUUUUUGACAUGAGAGACAGAGGUAUAUUGCACUAAGCGGCAGUCAGGAAAAAAAAAUUCUAUGAAGAGCAUGAUGCAAGGAUCUCUGUGAUUCUGCACCAAGAACUGGAGACAUGAUCCUGGAAGAAAUCCUGAAGGACAGCGCUUUAACCUUCUAUCCUGAGAUGGAGCCAGGAAAGCAGGAGCAAAGGAACUACCAUUCUCCACACUCAUCCAGCCAAGCCUGCUUCAAUGUGCUCAUGUCACUGUACAAACACCCCUGGCCCACUCCAAUUUCAAUGAGGAGGAACAGGAAAUUUGGGUAGCAUUGAGCUAUGCAAGCUAGAGAGAGAGAUGAUGUGCAGCAGUCCCAGCAGGCAAGUGGCAGAGGGAGAAUGCAGAGGAGGUCAGGUGAAUUAAAAGCCUAAAGCAGAAAAGCCUAAGUUGAAAAGCCGUAAGAGACUAGUGGAAGGGAGUAGACUACAAAAGAAGGUGAUGAAGCUCUAACAUAAAAAUAAGAGAGAAACAGUUCAAAAGGAAGUGCAGAGUAAUAACAGGUGGAUGUUGCAAUGGGAAAAUGUGUAGAGUGCUUAGUGCCAUGCCUGCAUUAUGCAGGUAAUGUUAAGUGAACAGAGAAUGAAUGAAUGAAGGAGAGAAGGGCCAUUCAGUCAACAUGUAAGUGAGAAAAUGUGCUAAGAGAUGAUAAUGGUAUAUGAUAGGGUCUGGAAAAGCAAUUAUGCCAGGUGACAUUCAAUACUGAUAAUUAUGCUAAAGGAAAUAAAAAACAGAUUGAAACUGAACAGAUUGAAAAGCAGCAUAAAACAGGAAAAACAAGCACCAGAAAUAUUCCCAGAAAAGCAAAAGACCCUGGGAACGUUUUUACCUUGUAGAGGAGCACAAAAUAUGUUGCAUGUUGGAUAUUUCUAAAUGAUUUUCUCCUAGGUUAGGAGACUCCUUAAAGUGCCAUGCCAACCUGCCAUAAAUUAAAAAGAAGCAAGAAAAGAUAGACAAGAUACUGUACAAAGUACUAAAAAAGAGUUGGAAAAUAGUGACACUUCUAUGGCAAGCACUAGAAUCCUGUAUUUAAAUGGUAACAGUUCUAAACCAAUUAAGACAAAAGUCUUUAAAAUAACAAAGUCUAUUUCAACAAAAGGAUCACAAACCGAAAACCAAGCGAAUUAAAAAAAAUUUUUUUUUAUGUUUAUUUAUUUUUGAGAGAGCGAGGGACAGAGCGUGAAUGAUGGAGGGGCAGAGAGAGAGGGAGACACAGAAUCGGAAGCAGGCUCCAGGCUCCAAGCUGUCAGCACAGAGCCUGAUGCGGGGCUCGAACUCAUGAAAUGCGAGAUCAUGACCUGAGCUGAAGUCAGACACUAACUGACUGAGCCACCCAGGCACCCCAAACCGUGCUUAUUUUACAGCAAUACGUGACACAAUAAAAAUGCAUAAGCAGCUUACAACUGGGAAUACUAUUUGGAGUUCAACAAAAUGGUGUUUGAUCUGUAACACAACUGAAACAUGAAGAAUCUUGUCUCCUGAACAUAAUCCUAUUUCUGCAGAAAUGUGGACCCUCUGAAAAACAAUAAAAAUAAAAGAAUGUAUCCUAAUAUAAAUUUUAAGUUAAAUUUUUAAAAGAAAGCAGAUAAAAACCCAAGUGAAUAAAAACAAAUCCAAUUUGUAACAAGAAUUUUAAUAACCUGAAACUUUUGUGCUGGAGUCCUUCCUCAGCCCUUCAUUCGUUUAGCUUCAGUGAUUUCUGAACUAAUUCCCUUUUAAUUAUUUGGAAUAUAGUAUCUGUUUUAAUAAGAAUGUGACUAAUCUAAUAUAUGACUGAUAAUAAUGGACUAAGUAAUGGAGUAACUGAUGUAAAAUGCAAUCCUCUCUGGAAUAUGUUUCAAAUUCCUAUUUUAAGGAACAUGUGACAUACAACUCAGGUUCUGACACUGAAUUUGGGGCAGGGGUAUGCAAACUGCAGCCCACAAGUCAAAUGUGGCCAUAAACAUCUGUUUAUGUAUGCCCUGCAAGUUAAGAAUAGUUUUUACAUUUUCAAAUAGUAAAAAAAAAAAAAAAAAAGAAGAAGAAGAUGAAUAUUUUACAAGACGUGAAAAUUACGUGAAAUUCAAAUUUCAUUGUCCAUAGAUAAAGUUUUACUGGAACACAGCCACACUCAUCUGUUUACAUAUUUAUUAUGUAUGACUGCUUUUAUGCUACAAUGGCAGAGUUGAGUAGUUGUGACAGUGACUGCACAGCAAAGCCUAAAAUAUUUACAAUCUGGCUUUUUACAAAGAGGGUUUCUGACCUCUGGUCUAGUGUGAUUUAGACUAGCAAGGAACUCAAUAAGAGCUUAAAUAAUUUAAUCAACUAAUUUUUAAAAGAAAUACUAGUAAUUUAAGAAUUCAAUUAAGAAUUCUGUGAAAGCUGAUGAAAAUAGGGAAACUAUAUUUCAAGCUGUUUGUGAUAUUUAGUAAAAAUGUAUAAAAUCUAUGAAUGCAUUAAAGUGUUCAACUAAAGAACAUAAGAUAAGAACAGGUCAAAGGAUUUGUGCCACAAAAUACUUUACGGUGUUGUUUUGAAUCUGAGAGGGGAAAUGGAAGUAUUUUUAGGCCUUCCAAAUUCCUGGUAUUUUUCAAGAGAUUCAGAGAUAGUUUGCAAAAUUACAGAACUACUAUGCAUGUAAUUGGAGAAAGAUGUAUAAAUUUGUAUCUUUAAAUGCUCACAAUUGUCAAGAACCACUUGUUUAAUCACUUGUAAGAACCAUGGAAAUUGUAUACAGUAAAGUAAAACUAGCCCAUGAAGGUUCUCUGUGGGUCCAUUUGUUAUAUUAUAUAAUCUUUAAGUACAGAACAUUGAUUGUUAAUGUAGCACAUGCUCUCUUCUCUUUCUUUCCUCUCAGCUUUUAAAAUGUAUCCUGUCCCUGUUUUUUGCCCUUGAACAUUUGUCUUAAAAUAAUAACACUUGUAUUUUGGUUGAACCAUAUCAAUGUAUAAACUCCAUAAUGUAAGCAGAUGUUUUACCCUCUAAUUCCACCACAGUGUCUAAAAUAGGGCCAAGCAUGAAAGCUCAAUAAAUGAUUUUGACAUUGA